GACCCUUGCAAUGUCGGAGCCGAAGGGGAAGGGACUCUCCAAGGGGCCGCGCGGCCCGAAGGGAAAGGGCAAGGCCCCCGGGCCGCCGCCACGCCCGCCCAGCCGCCCCCCGGGAAAAGCUCCGGAUGGCCCGAAGCUCCGGCCUUUGUUUUGGCAGACGGUUGGACAAGUGCCGACAGAGAGCGUUUGGAGCAGCCUGGGGCCACCUGUGCCCUUUGACACUUCCCUGCUGGAGAGGCGCUUUGCGAUGGCAGAGGCGCGUGCUCCCCGCAAGGCCGUGGAUGCCACCGGGGACGAGCCCAAGAAGAAGCUGAGAGUGCUGGACGAUCGCACGUCCCAGUUGCUUGCGAUCUCCUUCAACAAGCUCCCGCCUGCAGAACAGUUGGCACAGGUGGUGGACACCCUGGAAACUUUCCCAGAUGGCUUGGCACCAGAAGCGGUCAUGGCUCUGAAUUCUGCCACUGUUGAGCAAAAGGAUGCUGUCGAGCAGCUGAAGUCGCUUGAUGUGCGUGAAGCAGACCUGAUGCAACUAGAUGUGCCUGAAAGAUACUUGUGGGUCAUGGCCAACAAUUCAGUGUGCGCUGCCAAAAUCGCGAGCGGGGCCCUCAUUGUGGGCUUGGCUCCGGAACUGCCUGAGUUGUCGCUGGCAUGCCAGCGAGUGCGGGACGGGUGCCGGAGGUUGCAAAGCUCGAUCUUGGUGAAAAGAUUCAUCAGCACCUGCUUGGCAGUUGGGAAUGUGAUGAACAGAGGCACUGCUCGGGGCAGUGCUCGUGCCAUAGUGCUCCCAGAAGGAUUGCUGAAAUUGGACGAGCUGCGGGGCAGUGGGGAGACUGAGGGUGUGUCCGGACUGUCUCUCCUCGACUUCGUGUCUGAGGCCAUUCUAGUGGAAGCAUCCUGCACUUCGGGCAAGGGCGUGCAGGCACAACUGCGUGCCGAGGCGGACGAGUUGCGCGAGGGCAUGCGCGCAGCGCAGGGAGUUUGCCUGCACGACGCUGACACGAGCUGCCAACGGAUUUGCCGCGCAGCAUCGCACGCGCAAUCCGGUCUCAGUCAGCACUUGGCCAAUUUGUCCGUUGCCCGACUCGCAGCGACAGUCCAAAGUAUAUGCAAAGAGUCUGAGAAAUGCUCCGCUCAGGUGGCUGAGGCAAAGGCCCAGCUCAAGAAGUCCAUGGAAUGGGCCAGUGCAAAGCCGAACACAAGCUCAUCCGACUGGCUCGGCAGCUGGGUUCAAUUUCUUGAGCAGCUUGCGGGCGCAAUCGACCGAGUCAAGCUCCCAGAGCUGCCCAUGCGACCAGUUCAAGCUGACUGCAAUGGUGCGGCUUCUGGCAGGAGCGUCUUCCAAGACGUCAGCAAUACGCCACAGAUGUCGCAUGAGGAUGGAAAGCCGAAAGGACCCAGCCCGCAGGUUGCAUCAAAGGUCCAGUCCGUCCAGUUGGAUGAUGAUGAGAGGAUUGAAGUUCUGCUAGCUCGCAUGGCCCAAGGGGCUUCGACCCCAGCAUGCACACCAGCUCCGAAUCAGGAUGCAGAUGAGGUCGUGAGGCUUCUGGUCCACGCCGGUGCCAAGGAGACGGCGAAUGCCAAUGGCUUCACGCCGCUGCAGUUGGCCGAGGCUGGCAGCUCUCGGCUGAUCUGCAGUGAGUGGCCCAUUUGCGGCGACGUGAGGACCGUCUGGGACAUAUCCUUCGGUACCUUAAGGAAUCCAGAUUGCGGUGGCUGCGAGGGCUUUCUGCGGCAUGUGGGCUGUCCGGCCGCCUCGGCCCAGAUCUUCAGAUGCGUGCGAUGCAACUGCUUCUCCAAGGACCACCUCCCUGUGGAGGGGCCUCAGGCAGAGGACCCGCUGCAGCGCCUGCCAGGUGGGGGGUUUCGCGACUCGCGCGGCUACGGUGCCGCGCCGGCUGGCCAAAGUCGCCAGCAGGCAGCGGGCUGGCCUGGCAUUGGGGAAAUGGUCUGGGUGCCACAGCAGGCAUCAGUCCAGAAGCGUGCUGGCAUUGUGGUCCAGACAGAGGCGUCUGAGACGAGCGCAUUUUGCACAGUGGAGCUUCUUGCUGCCCAUGGCGUCGCUGAGGCUGACAGGAGACAAGUGGUGGCAACGGAGUGCUUGACGGAGUGGGCGCCUGCAUGGUCACCCCCCAGAGUUCAAGGUGAUUUCGACAAGGAGGCACACUUCAAGAACUUGGUGUUCCAGCCAGGAGGAUUAUGGUGUCUGAAGCCGGCUCUGAAACAGCGGCGGUGCAAGGUUUGCGUGCUGGGCGGCUCUAUCUCCCUCCAAAGCCGAGGGUACCGCCCCCACUUUGUGCAGGCACUCGAGAGGCGAGGCGUGGCAGUGGAGGACUGUCCAGCAGCGGUUGGCACAGCUGGCAGCCGGCCGCUCUCGCUGGUGGUCAGCGAUUUGGUGCUGACAAAGCGCCCUGACCUGCUCAUCAUCGAGGUGGCGGUCAAUGAUGGGGAUGACCUCCUGGAGAGCACGCCUCAUCCCAACGUGGUGCCUAUUCUUCAGGCAGCGGAGGGAAUUGUCCGUACAGUGCGGCGCCGAUGUCCUGGCACUGCAAUCUUGUUUCUGGAGAUGUUUCUGCGAGAGGAUGAAGAGGCAAGGAUUCUCAAGACAGGCUCCGAAGCAUGGAAAGACAGCUCUGUAGAGGAGGCGAUUGGAUGGUAUCAUGAUGUUGCGCCGCUCCUUCACCGACACGUGUGUCGCCACUAUGGUCUGGCGCAAAUCGACCUGGUGCCCGCCUUUCGCUCCAUGUCCGCAGAGAUGCGCAGCGCCUGGUUCCGCGAUGAUUGUCACCACUCCGACGCUGGUGGCGAAGCGGUGGGCAAUUUGUUGGCCAAGCUGGUCUUGUGGUCGGUGCGUCAGCCGGAGUUGACCGGCAGCUUGCCCAAAAAUGCCCUCCCAGCGCCCCUGGAUGCACAAUGCUGGUGCAACGGCAAGACCAUCAGAGUGCUGCCCGGGUGGCUGAGCCCUGAGGGGACGCCACGAAAAGACAAGGACUUGCUCCGGCUGGGCCAGCAGACGGACUGGCUCUUGCUCCGGGCUGGUGGAAGGGUGACCAUUCCUUUCAAGGGCCGCGCCUGUGGCAUCCUCACCCUCUUGGGUUCUUUGGCUGCAAGCUGCAAGCGGUGCAAGUGCGUGUGGACAACGGGGCGCCGCAGAGGGUCUGUCUUCUGGACCGCUGGCCUCAUGCUCAGCGAAGCGCUGCUGAUUUUAAGCGACAGUGAUGGCAUCGCCUUCGCUCCGCGCAGAGAGCUGCAAGAAAUGAAAGCGCUGCACCGGACUUUCUAUGAUACAGUCUUCCGCUUUAGCGGCUCAGUUCUUCCAAAAGGCGCGCUUUAUGCUCUUCCUGGCACUAUUUUGGCACUGGCGCUGCAUCUGACGUGGAGCCCAGACUCCAAGGGCAAUGAGAACGUGGAGGUGGGAAAGUUCAACGAUGUCUGGGGCGCCUACACUUUCUCCCUGGGCUUCCUCAUCGUUUUCCGCAACAACCAGGCCUACAACCGAUACUGGGAGGGCGCCUCCAAGAUUCAUGAGAUCUGUGCAGACCUUUACAACUGUGUGUCGCAGCUCUUUGCCUUUUGCUCCCAGAAAGGUGAGCUCCGCGACAAGGACGGUCAAAUCAUGGAAGCGAACAUGCAGCACAAGGUGGAUGAGUUCCAACAUGAGAUCAUUUGCUUCGUCAGCUUGCUCUUUGCUAGCUGCCUUUCAGAGAUCUCCGGAAACUCAUUGGACGUGAAAGUCAUCAGAGGAAUUGAUCCAGACUGCAUUCGCGGUGAAAGCAGGUGCGAGGUGGUGGCACACUGGAUAUGCAAGGCGAUUAUCAACGCCAAACGGGCGCAGAUUCUGGACAUCGACCCGCCGAUUCUAUCGCGGGCAUUGGCUGACCUGGCUUCCUCCAUUGCUGAUAUCUACCGAGUUCGGAAGAUCAAAGAUGUUCCAUUUCCGGUGGCGUACUCGCAGAUGGUCCUUGUCAUGCUGGUAGUUUACUCCCUCGUCACGCCGCUUCUGGCUAGUCAAUUAAUAGAAUUGACUUGGAUGGACGCUUGGCAGCAGCUUCCUUGCCGCGCAGUUUGUACACAGAGAGAAAGCGGCACAACGCGCAAGGCCACAACGGCGACCUUUUGCGUGACUGCGGGCUUUUGGUCACUUUACCACAUUGCCGAUGAGAUCGACCAGCCUUUUGGAACAGAUCAAAACGACUUGCCAUUGGAGAUGCUGGCCGCAGAAUUCAUCGAUAGCCUCAAGUCCCUGAGAGUGCAGACGCAUCAAAUGCCUCGAGUCACCUACGAGGAGGAGAGGGGAGCCAAAGGUCACACGCCGAAGAAGCAGAAGGUAGACGCCACCCAUGUGCUUGAUGUGGAGGUUGAGGUGGCCACGCCGGACCAGCGCAUCUUGAAACGCCCGGCAUCCUCAGAGCUCUGGGAGGAGCACGCGGCUGAGCCUUGUGAUCGGCAGGCGCAGUGUUCGUCGGAGAGCUGCACCGAGGCCAGUGACGGUGAUACCAAGAUAUCCAUCACUGCCUUGGAGGAGUUUCUCCGGCAGUAUGGUCUCUGCGAAGCCUCCGCCGCUGCUGCAGCCGCGGCCGCCGCGGCGGCGGCGCUUCCACUUCCACGAGGCAAGUGUGCCCAAAUCGAGGCAAAUCUCGCGACGCAGCGGUUGAGGUUCAUAUGGGUUCUGCUGCCCGAAUUCCUAGAGAGACCCACCUCAGUGGCCGCUGCAGCCGUGACCAGCCGCGCAGUUAACGCCCACCUCCGUCACAACGAGCAGCUGCAUGUCAGCCAUCUGAGUUUGCACCCCAACUCCCUGAAGUUGGGCGAAAGGCCGCUGACGGGCUGCUUGACGAAUGUGGUCUUAGAGAGGAUCGUGAGCGUGCAGUUUCACAUGCCGCGCCUCUUGGACGUGCUGGCUUUGUUGGAAGGACUCACCGGCAGCUCCUGCAGGUGCCUUCGAAAGAUCGCUGACCGGCAGUCGCGCUGGCGUCCACGGGAGCUCCGUUUUGAGAGCAUGGAGGAGGAGCAGCGCGCGCAAGCAGCCAAAGUUACGGAGAUGCUGAACGCGCUGCCCAGUCUGCAGCACCUCGAAGGGCCAGUGUUCUCCGUUUUGCUGAGAGCUCGCAGGCAUGCCGUCACGGAAAGAGAAGCAGUCGAAGAUGGAGAGAGGAGCAGCGAGGCUGGCGAUCCAUGCGCGACUGCUCCAGGCACCGCAGCACCUCAGCUCGGUGAGUCUCAACUGGCCAGCCGCCUCCGCGUUCUCCAUUUGAUCGAUCUGUGCGCCGCGGAUUUGUUUGGGCUGUUCCCUUCGGGCAGCGGGCCUCAAGGAGCAUGCGCUUCAACCGCGCCUUCCUGCCCAAAUCUUCAAAAGCUGCUGUUGCUGAAUUUGCCAGCCGCUGCUCCUGGGCUGACUGUCCAAGUCAUCAGCAAGUUCUUGCCAUUGGCUCCCGACCUCAAGGAGCUACAGCUGGACUUCCAAUACUUCGACCCCGCGUUCUGGGACCAGGAGGCAUUGGAAGCAUUAAUCACGAAGGUGCAAGCACCUCCGUCCAAGAUCCGCAAGUUGGUUCUCGAUUGGUGCCGCUUGGGUGAUGCAGGGGUACGAUGUGUCUGCGCGGCAGUGGCCAGGCAUUGCGGAACAGCUGCAGCCAUAGUCAGGCUCCGUCAGGGAGCUGUCGCUGGCACAUUGCGAACUGAAGGAUCUCGCGCCCGUGUGCGAGAUGUUAGAAACGCCUGGCUGUCCUUUGACCUGUUUGGACCUGUCGGCCAACGGCUUUGGAGACGAGGAGGUCCAAAGUCAAGGAGCUCCGCCUGCGAGAUUCGCAGGUCUCAGAGCGCAUGCCGGUGAAAACCAAAUGGUCCUGGAGCUGCUGACGAAAACCUCCACAGCCCGUGGG